AUGGCGACCCGAUUGUUUAGCCUGCAGGUCCCCAAGUGUGGCGAGACACAAAACAGCUACAUUAAAGUGCCUGGAGUGAGGCGAGGAGUACUUGUUAUGAAGAGUGAGCACGGAGUCUCUGAGCGGGGCAGUUUCCUUCUGUUCAGAACCGUGCAUGCGUGUCACGUGACUGACGGGCUGCGCGCAGGACUGGUGGCGGGCGGCGACGCGCUCGUGCGCGAGCCCCCGCUCCUCGUGCGUGCCCGGCGGCCGGACGACGUGGACGCCGAGAAGAUGCUGGCGCAGUGCCUGGCCAAGUGCGAGGUCGAGUGCCUGGGCGAGUUCCUCACGGCCGACGACAGGCCCCUAGACGACGUCGAGCUGAUCAGGAAGAACAUCUUCGUCGCAACGGAUGAGAACAUCGGAACGGGAGCCACGUUCGGAGGAGACCCAUCGCUGGCUUGGCUUGGCGAGGACCAACUGUGCGAACCCGACGCCACGUUGGAGGAACAGGUCUCGGAAGCGCUGGUCGCCGUCAUCGAAGAGACCAAGACGAUUUCGUCUCAAGAGCAGCCACGCGAGUUACAAAGUGCAAACACCUUUGAAGACCCUACGGCCCGUCAACCGUCUGUCGUCGAACAGACACAGUCUCGGGCGGUAUUGACCCUUACGCAACCUGAUGACGAGCCAGGAGACACCGACGACGACAAAUGCCCUGACCUUGGUCACCCUGCGAAAGUGGCGACACCGAGAAACGGGCAAGGCUGCCAAGAGCAAGAGAAUGCAGAGGAUGGUUCCGAGUUCAUUGAUUGCGAAAAAGACACGCUGUCCAUGCCGUCGACGUUCGGUGCGACGGCGGACGACUGCAGUAUCGUGUCAAACGCAGAGUUCACAGCCAGCGGGCCAGUUGUCUCUGAACACGAAAUCACCUCAGGGCCCGAAGGCAGCUUAGUAAAUUAUGCGGAGGCGCUCCGUAAGCCUCCGGAAAGCGAGGAGGUGCCAGGGAAUCCAAGCCAGCCGGCCGAGAGCGCCGCCGAUGGCGAGAAGCUCGCUGGGGACGGCACAGAGGAGACUGCCGCUGUCAGGAAACCUUGUCCUACCACCAAAGUCGAGCAAGAAAUCGUUCACGAAUCAGGAUUCACCGAAGAAGUGUCGGCCAUCGCAGAGAGGUCGAUCAAGGAUCUCAAUAAACGGGAAAACUCGCCACAUGCACACCGCUUGUCGAUAACGGCAGUCACUUGCGUGGACAAGAAGGAUAACGUUGCCAUAGUCGCACCGCGUACGGUUAACCAGCUACACUCGGAAGCACCGUUUCCAGCCAUACACCCGGAAAACGUUAUGAAGGAACCAGAACUGGUCGAAUUCAAUGCCAUCUUCGAAUGCGACUGGGAUGGUACUUUGCCGGAGUCGUCAGAGCCUGAUAUAACAUUCGGCACCUCAGCCGCCGUCGAGUUUGAGCCAUCACCUUACAUUACCGACGAUUUCGCCAGCGAUGCCAAGUCGGUGCAACGAAUCGACUGCAGCCAGGAGAAACGAAAACGCCAGACAGAACGCACUGCAAUACGCCAUAGUACUGCUUCUCCUCCUUCGAAGCGAUCAGUGAUGACGUUCGAACGUGGUGUCUCAUUAACGCCGUUGUCCGAACGCACUUACAAAGCAACUCACGGUGAUAAGGAGGUGGUACAUUGCUCAAAAGCUUACAGCAUUGGAAGGGGCGUCGAGACGUCCUCCGUACGCAGUAAUUCUCCUCAAAUCCGCACUGGGGUCAAUGCCGUUGGCUCGAGCGCAGCCUUUUCAGCUGCAAGUCCUCUGUCCUGGGAAGAAGAGAACGAAAAAGUGGGUACAAAGCCCCGAGCCAAAAUGUGCUACGAAUCGAAGCAGGACGCGCUUGAAGAAGGUUGGAGUGCUGAAAUUUUUAAAGCUAUGCCGGGCGAUAUUGCUGUCGCCGAAUCGACCGCAGAUAGGUGGGAUACGACGGGCAACAUUGCCUUCGGUUCGCCGGUGCUGGAUUGUCCAAUAAUCGAUGAGGAGCGGAUUACGCUGCAGCCAUUGGCGGAGGACGAGACAGUAGAUGCUUCAUUGAGUGCAAAUAUUGGCCACAAUGUGAGACGAAGCGAACAAAUGGAAUCACCCAGGAAGUGCUCCUCAGCAAAAAACUCCGGGUAUAUUUACUCCAAUGUUCCGGAAGACCUCUUGGAAGAGGGGUCACCGCGCCGUAAAGUUAGAUUUGAAAGGCUAAAGGAAAACGUGAGCAGGACAAAGCUAGGAGCUAGCGGAAAGAUAGGCGACUGGUAUAAACCACUGAGCGGCAACGCCGAGCAGCAAAUGCGAAUAGGAACAAACGGUGGAAGCAGUACAUUUGUUAAGGGGAAACAACAAAGGAACACUCGCAUGCUCGACUCGUCGGGAGUAUUUCGAAACAAACGCAAGAGGAAGCCGCUGUGUGAUCAGUCCAACCGCAUCACGCGGUACUUCCCCGCCAAGAAGUGCGCUGGGACAGUGCCGCUAGCGCUGUAUGGGGACAAGGCGUCGAACGCAGGCGCUUGCCACCUGCCCGACCUAGCAAAGUUCAGGUACAAUCGCAUGGAGGCGCGUUCCAGCACUCCUGUUAAUGGGAGUGCAUCUGCGUAUGGUAUGUUGAACGAGGCAGAAGAUCAUCAUGGUUGUAGCACCAACGUGGAUCUCCGCGAUAUUUCUUUUGGACGCAAUUUGUUAGGAAGCUCUGACAUGUCCGAUUCAGCAGACGCUGGAACUGCAUAUUCGUGCGCAGCUCGUAACAAUGCCGUAACUGUGUCCUUGGGUGCCACAAGCAAUAUUCGAUACGCAGGCUACCAAAUCAAACCGUCCCUACUCGGUGUAGACAAGCAACCAGCACACUGGGAAAAUGACCCUCGGAAAGUACCUGAUAUGCUGGGGGUUGGUCAUCUCACACAGAGUGCCGAUACCGUUGGUGGUAUAGUGAAAGACGUCAGUCGCUACAACGUGUACAGAGACAACUAUCCCGUAAUGCGCGCGGGAACCGCUGCCAACUGCUCCGAAACGUCCCCUGGCAGUCAAAUGCCACCCGUCAGAACACGUGAUGCUUCAUGUUCGCGAAUGCUUGGAGCAAAGCGUAACAUGACUGAGGAUGAUCGGGAGGUUUCGCAGGAACUGGAAGUAGCCUUUAACGCUCAAUUGCCUUGUGAAAGGGAACUCAGCGCUUCUACCGAGAAGCAAGGCAAUCGUAUUUCAGGAUUUCCACGCGGCUUCAUAGGUUCGCGGUCUACGGACAAAGGAGAAUUCUGCUUCGAGCGAAGACCCCAACAACAGACUGGCAGAGCAAUACCAGGGCAGUUAAGAUGCACGAAUACCGAGACAGGUUAUCGCUACGGUGUUUGUCAUGCCAACCGGGAAGUCAGCGACUCCGGUGUUCCGCCUUCUGAAUCAUCAAACGGCUUUUACGAAGCUGUUACAUUGAACGGCAUCAGCGUGCAGGAAGCGCCGGAACAGCGGAACGCGCAAGGACAGGCGUUUCAAGGAUCACCAGCCCAUGCUUAUCGAGGCGUCCUUGAGAACCCACAUGACAUCUCAACAGGAGAACGGGAACAUGAUUUGUUUGAAGGGAGAGAUGUUUUCGACGAUGUGACGCCAGAAAGCGAUGCAAACGCCUCGCGGUGGCUCGGCAGAGAACGUGACAACGGGCCUUUUCAGGAUAAUGCAGUCGACACCUAUUCUGGCGAGCGAUUCUUCUUUGACGGACUUGGCGACUACAACACGGACGGACGGGUAGCACAAGCCGAAAGAGGAAUGGCAACGCGCCGCGACAACUCUUGGGACAGGGGUGACGGUGCGACAGUGCGAGCGACCGAGGAAGACGAGCGGCGCGUGCUACAAAUAAUUCAAGAUACACUGCGAGGACCCGUCCUGCAGACACUGGGAAGAUCUUCUGCCUCGCAGAAAGCGCGCGUCACCCUCACUCCUAAGUGCCCGGCAACUCCUCUGAGCAAUUCUGCGAGACAACAUGCGGUAGCGGCGGAGGAAUCGGCAUCCAGCUCGACGAAUAUCGGCGUGCCCGAUUCCGCAGUCGUUCAGCAGGCACGGCCGUCACAAGGUGCUGCCGCCGCCACUGUGGCACCGAUCACCGCCACCGGGCAAGACUCUACCCGAGGCCCUGACCGCGAGGAGGCCCGCAAAUCUGCACACCGUUGGCCAGGCCACCUCAACGUGCGUAACCUCGCCGCCAAACUCGUGGCACCGCAACAGGACCGAAAACAGGUGGACAGGACAGCGAUUGAGCAGCUGCUUAAGCCGCCAAAGAGCAACAACCCGCUAGCCAACAGUUUCAUGGCCAUCAGAGGCGUGAAGCUGCAAGGUCCGGACGAUGUCGGGAAAUCCCCUAAGUGGUAAACCAUUCACGUCAUCGUGCCCUCACAACGGUCCCUAAACACUCUCCUUUCACGGAAUGCUUCCGGAACUGGCACAAUCUGAUCUGUGCCACCUGCCCGUGUACACAGCGAGGCCUGGUGUACUUGGCUGCCGGCUCAUUCGAGAAUGCCGCCUUCCGGAAAAUCUCAACACAUUUGUACCCAUCAUAGAAGAGAAGCAGACAAGGCAAUAUUGUGCACUUUCGGGGCGGCGAAAUAUCCGAAAAGAGUACUCUUGUAUGCAAGGACUCGCUCUAUGGUAUACAAAGUGUUUUGUUUUAUUUUGAUAACAUUGUAGGCAGCUUGCGAGCAAUGUCGCGAUGACAGUGAAGUGACCACAUUUCCCAUUUCUUCAAGAGUACCGACAUUUUACUUUGCUACCCUGUGUUUUGUUCGUUCGUAUUCACUGUAUUGACGAUUUUGAGCCACGUGCAAAGACCAGAGGUCUGUGUGCAUAAGAUUUGUACCGUCGCAGGUAAGCUAACUUGCGCAGAUACAGGCAUUUUAUUUUAUUAUACCAUGUGUCGCAGCUAACGCGGGCCAAGCUCAUUAAAAAAGUGCUACGAUAUACGACGAGCACUUUGCGCACGCUGGUGAUCUUUUUCUGUAACAUUGCUUAGCGAAUCAGUCAAAAUUAACGGCCAAAUUAAAAUUACUUGCAUAACUGCGUAAGCUUGCAUGUGAAAUGAUGCAUCGCAUUUCAAAGCAUCAUACUGAACAGCUUCCACCUCACUACGUUUUCCCCAGUUGUAUUUUCCGCGGCCCAAAGUUGUGGUGCAAGACCCUAAAACGAAUGCGAAGCGAAGGCGGGCAGCGAAUGAACAGUACUCUAUGGCUGACUUGGUGACAGAGCGGCGAUAAAAAAAUACGACUGAAGCAAAGCAAAGCAAAAAAAAAAAAAGAAGACAGAAAGCAAGCCAGCCGCGGCUACUUGCUAGAAAACAGUAGCCAACAGCCUAUAUAACGGUAACUGUAACCCUGUAACUUUCUUGCGGUCCCAAAAUCAGCCACUGAGACUUUUUGAAACCCCUUUUUUGAAACUUUUUUUGAGUCUUUGAAACCCCGACACGCGCGGGCCCGCCUUCACUUGGCAUUCUAUUUCGCGUUUAGCGCCUGAACAUUGAAGCGCGCAAACAAUAACUGGGGAAAUUUAGAGAGUUGGAAACUGUUGAGCGUACGUUUUCGAAUGCGACGCACCGUUUGACAUUCGAGCUAACGUAAAUGUGCACGUAAUAUUAAAUUUAGGCAGAAAGUUUGGCUAAUUACCCAAUCAAUAUUACCAGAAAAAUUCACCAGCGUGCGCAAUUCGACUGAUAACGAAACACCAUUAGUCCCAUCGUCGUUUCUCGUAGCCUCCCCAUUUUUUUUAAACAGCUCGGCCCACGUUAGCCGAGACACACAGUAGACCCUUGUUAUUCAGCGCGCGGGCUGCGUUAUUUCUGGACAUGUUCUAUUACGGUCUGUUACAUUUAUGCUUACUUUCAACGCAGAUAAGAGUUGCUGUCGUAUUCACAAAAAUAAACAUUACAAGA